CUUGGCUGCGACGCGCAACCACAGAAAAAACGACUUCCGCUUCCACACAUCCACGAACCGCCGCACAUCCCGACCUUCUUCCAAGAAGAAGGACACACAGACACGCACGCACACACGUUCACCCCCAUCACGAACAACAACAGUAGCAAACAAGCAGGAGUACAAGCAGCCGCAAAGUGUAGUAGUAGUAGUAGCACCGCUUGUGAGCUGCGUCGACAUAUGGUGUGGCGCUUGCGCCAAGCACCGUCAUCAUGAGCAGCAACAAGCUGGCGUAUUGGGAGGCAAAGGGCGACCUCGCCUCCAGCUUCUGCCGGCCAGACCACCUGAACGCGUUGUGGUCGAAGCUGCGCAAGAACCGCGUUGUCGAUGAUGACGACGCGAGCUCGUCCCUGCUUCACGACUCCCGCCUCUCCCACUCCGCCAUUGGCUGGUCCAACAUUACACCUGGCGAGCUAUGCGACUCCCUACAAGAGGAACAUCGCGCCCGCAGCUACUUCCUCACAAGCAACCUGAGUCAGCUCAACCCACUGCACAUCGCGCUCGCGUCCAAGGCCACUUUUCUGUGGUCGUGCGGGCCACCAACGUCCAGGCUGCUCGGCCACGAAGGGCAUACGCUGAAGUUGGUGUCUGGGCUGGAGAACGAGCGGUUUGUGCAGGUGGCGGCCAUCGACCACGUGCUCGCCCUCACCACCCGCGGUGAAGUGUACUCGUGGGGCAGCAAUUCCUAUGCGCAGCUCGGCCGCAACGACGACCCUAUUGUCCCAACCAAGAUCACCAGAGGCUUUGGGCGGUCGAGCAUUGUGUAUGUUGCUGUUGGCGGGCAGCACAGCGCUGCUGUUUCCGAGGACGGCGUCCUCUACACAUGGGGCAGGGGAAGUUACGGGCGGCUCGGCCACGGCACGAGCGACGACGUCGCGUUUCCGCAGCCAGUCCUCGCCCUGAAGAGCAAAGACAUUCUGAUUGCGACGGUUGCGUGCGGCAUUGGGGACGCGCACACGCUCGCCCUGAGCCGGGACGGCGUCAUCUACGCGUUUGGCGACGGCGACUACGGUUGGGGGCCCGCACCUGCGACUGGUGGUGCUUCGGGCAAGCUUGGCCUCGGCUCGACGGAGCGCACGCGCGUGCCUGUUGCGAUACCGUGCGACUUUGACGGCACGAAGGUGAAGCAGGUGUGGUGCGGCCGCCAGAUUUCCGCCUGCCUCACAGAGGGCGGCGCUCUCUACACAUGGGGAAACGCGUCUGGCGGGGCGCUGGGCAACGGCGAGUCGUACGGCGCCGUCGAAUCGCCCGCGCGUAUCCUCGCAGACCACGUCAUCAAGAGCGUGACGGCCGGGCCCUCGCACAUUGCGCUGUGGUCUGGCGACGUGAGGAGUGUGUCCCACAGCCUGUCGCCGUUCACGCCAUCCGCCAACCCCGCGCUCUUGGAGGCGUUUGCGCGGCUGCUGGAACAAUUUGCCGGCUCCGACAUUACGCAAGACGAGCAUGCCACGGCGGCUGCGGUGUCUACGUGCUGUCUUCUCGAACGCACAUUCCAGGUUGCCAGCCGCAAUCGACUCGGAGACAUUUCGUCAAUCCGUGCGCGGCUCCGGCAGCCGCUGCUUGACCUGGCCGUCGGCACGCGGCCCUGUCCCGACCAACUCCGCACUGCAGCUCGCUUCUGCGUGCUGCAAGGGUGGGAUCUGCUGGAUGUCCCCGACAACGACCGGCAGCUGCUGCUCGAGUCAAUCACGUCAAUCGUGUUCAGGUCGCGCGAUCCGCCGCCAACAGCAGAGGAGGAGGCCGCAGCGCGCCAGAUGCUGCGCACGCGUUGGAAAUGCCUCAUGCCCAUGAAGGAGCGCCUGCGCUGGCUCUCUCGCCUCCUGCCAGAGAGCCUUGCCAGCACCCAGCAGCAGCAGCAGCAGCCGCGUGAACAACGCAGCUUCGAUAGCGACAGCAGCACGGGCCGCCCUGAGAGCAGAGAUAGCACGGCAACGGCCAGCAGGCCAGCGGACCAGCAGGGCGGCGAUGGUGCUGGCUCCGGCCAAGCGACAGCGAGCACAACGGCAACAACGACGGCAACCACCUCGCCCACAUCAGCAGCAGCAGCAGCAACAACAGCAGCAGCAGCAGCAGAUGGUGGCGGCGAUGAAACCCGCACAGGGCACCAGUUUAUGGUGUCAGUGAUUGUCAACAGCCUGUUUCAGCAAGGGGUGGUGGAGCAGGCCGUCAAUGCCUUCUUCAACAGCCCACCCAGCCAACAAGAGCAGUUUCUCUUCCAAGCAGACUUGCUGCUGUCAUCGCCGCUGCCGUCGCCCGCGCUCACACCGAGCGGUCUAGGCAGCGCUCGCUCAAGCUCGUUCGACGUGACGGCCGGGCAGCAACAACAGCAACAGCAGCGGCAGCAGCAACGGGCAAGCAGCAGCACCCCGCUGACGCCGACGACCACCACAAACAUGCGCCUGCUGACGCAACGGAGCCAGCUGUCGAGCCAGGCGGAGACCUCGGUGUAUUCGCCGACGGGCUUUGAUGAGAGCGGGUCCUCCUCUCGCAUCAUGUCCCCGCCAGCAACGGGCCAGUUGCCCCCAUCUACGCCGCGUGCGGUUCGCAUGGACGCAUUCGAACAGAGCGGGGGCCACACGGCUGUCGGCCUGGCCACAGACCUGCAGUCCAUGCUGUUUCUCCUCAACAUCUUUGUCACGACAAUGAAGACGCGGACUGAGCAGGUGGCGCAGCGCAUCCACCGCCGUCAGGACAUCCCCUCCGCAGACAGCGACGACAUUCUGCUCAAGCUGUGCCACCGCUUCCUGCGCUCCUUCUUCGCCCAGCUCUUGUUUGAGCACGACACGGUGGACGACCUCGCCGAGGACCCUCCCACCGCACAGCCAACCGACCCGCAACAACCGCAACAGGAGCAAGCGGGGCAGCCAGGACAACAACAACAGCAGCAGCAGCAGCCUGCGUCGAGUAGCUCAACGCACACAGCAAGCGCCGCUUCUCGUCCUACCACCACCGCCACCACCACCUCUUCUUCGUCUGCAGUUGAUGGCGACUCCACGCCCGUACCGGGCUCAGCAACAGCGAGCCGGACCGCCUCUGACGUUGCUCCCUCCACUGCAGAGGGAGGCGAUGAAGAAGAGGAGGAUGAGGACGAAAGGGAGGAGAUGGACAGCGGCAGCAGCGCCGCACACCGCGGUGACAUGGACGCCGACGGGUCUGCCUCGUCCACACCCGUUGGUGCUGCCGAUGCGUCUGCGCGCGUGGACAUGAGCAUGAACAGCACGUUUGACGCCGAUAGCAACGCCGACGUGCUCAGCGCUCCUGCGGGUGACAGUGGCAGCGACAUUCCAGCCGUGCCCACAACGGCAGCAGCAGCAGCAGCAGCAGCAGCAAAGGGCCCACAGUACAGCAAAGGCCACAUGCUCGGCAUCCGGUUACUCACGUUUACGCUGGAUCUGCAGCACCGCGUCGUUGAGGAGUGCGUGGCGCGCGAGGUUGCGCCCGACCAGGUCUUGGAAGUGUGCCGCAGCCUCCCCGUUGCCGUGCUGGGCGAGCUGCUGGUGACACUUGCCUCUGCCGCCAAGCAGCGCGAUGCCCUCGCGUCGUGCUUUGUGUCGGAAGGCCUCAACAACGCCUGCCGUUUGCUCACAGCGCUCAACCAGCUGCUGGACGCAAUGCCCUUUACCCCGGAGGCCGUGCAGGCGCAGUUUGCCUUUGAGACCAAAACCAUGUCCAGCGACACGGAGGCGCAGGCGCUGCCAUCGCACACGGUGCUGGACCUUAGCCAGCAGCUUGCCUUCUCCAUCUCCUCCUGCCUCGUUGCAGACUGCGCGAGCGAGGCGAUGCGCCUGGACGUGGUUGGCCCCAGCGUGGAGGACGGCGUGCUGGAGAACGCGGCGUUCAGCGCAGGCCUGGCGCGUCCAUCCGUGUUGGAGCACGCACACUGGCAGCGGGUGCUGGACAGCCAGCUGUCGCCAAGAGACGCGUCCCCACAGCGCCGCCCAUCCACGGCCCCCACGUCUAUGACAACAACGCCAACGUCGUCGCCCGCCACAACGCGCGCAGCCGCAGCAGGCAAGAAGACGCGCGGGGGUGAAGAGGACACUGCUCGGCCCGGUGAUGCCGGCGCGACGGCUGCGCACAUGGAGGUGAUUGAGGAACAGGAUGGUGAAGCCAAUCAGCAGCGUGUUGGCGACGCGACAACGCAGCCAGGGCAAGUUGAGGCGCAGCAAGAGGGCGAGCAGGACAGAGCCCACGCAGAAGGAUCGACAAGCACAAACACCGGCGCCACAAAGCCGUCGUCGUCAGCAUCAAGUAGGGUGGCAUCCAAAUCGACGCUGAGCGUGGAUGUGCAGCACGGCAAGGGCAAGUCUGUGUCCGCUGGCGCAACCACGCGCCCCAGCCCCGUUCCAGGGACAACUUCGACCACAACAGCGACCACAACCGCGUCUGCAACAACAGCCACCGGCGCUGCGCCAUCAGCAACCACAUCGUCGCCCACAGCUGUUGACGCGAGUGGCGAUGGUGGGGAAGGAGAGGGUGACGCAGACGCGAGCACAUCGCUGAUUGACGUCAUGUACAGCUAUGCGCAGGAGAACAACCUUGGGCUGAGCCUCCCGCGCACGCACCUGGUGUGGCGCGUGACGGCUGCGUCGCUAGUUGUGCUCGCCCGCCACCUUGGCCUGACACCGUAUCUGCAGUCGGUGCAGACGAUCCGCGACGUCGACGCAAACCCGCUGCUGGCGGAGGUGGUCAAGGUCGCCGUGCUCAUGCAGCCGCACGUCAUGCGGCUCAAGCAGGAGCUGCGCAUGUCUGACGCCGACCUCCGUGCACGCACGCACCACAUCUGCAUGUUCUUACUCACCCACGUGCAGCCCACCUCCAGCGGCGUGACAAGCGCCAGCGCUUCUGCCGCAGAAGCACCAGAAGCAGACAGCAGGUGGCACCAGAGCCGCGCGCGCGUGUCUGUGACGGCGGCGCCACCGCUUGACCCGCAGGCGCUCUCGACGCGCGUCAACCUGGACUCGAGCGAGCCCUUUGACGAGCUGGACGAGCAGGGGCGUCAGGCCGUGGAGGACCUGCAAAGCGGACUGGAGGGCCACGACCGGGAGACGCUGGCGCAGAACGCCCCGUCCCACCCCUGGUUCAUGCUCAACGCGCCGCAGCAGACGUCCCUGCGCGCUAUCCCAAAGGAGCUGGCCGAGCUGAUUGUCAGCUUCCUCCGCCAGCCGUUUGCGCUGCGGGAGGUGCGCGAACAGCUUGUGGCGCGGUCUGCGCUGGCCCAGAGCCGCAUCAAGGUCCUGCGACGCCUGUGCAACCUCAUUGAGCUGCCCAUCACCAUGCCCGUGCGCUACCAGCUCCUGUGCGGGCUGCUUGACCCGCGCGCCAACCCGUACCCGUUUAUGCCGCUUGGCCGCUACAUGGACGGCAUCUCCUGUGCCGCUGCCGCGGAGAAGCGUGAGCUGACCGAGUACCACACGCGCGUCAUGGGCCACAUCCUGGAGCUGCUGCAGGUCUCCUGCUCCCACCUCCUGCGCGACCUCAACGAAACAGGCGAGGCGUCCACCCUGCCACUGCGCAUGCUGCACCUGUGCCAGAACCUCCUCAUUCAGCCCCACGAGCCGCCGGCGCUGGAGCAGAUUCUCACGUCCGACGCCUUCCACGCGCUCGCUGACGUGUGCUUCCGCGUGCCCUCCAUGGUUGAGACACAGCUGCAUGCAUCGCAGCGAGCACGGUCAGCCGCCACUGCCGCCGCCCCCACCGCCUCUUCCUCUUCGUCUUCCUCUUCAGCUGCCCGCCCGUCCACGGGGGCACCAUCAUCAUCCGCAUCGACAGCGCUCGGUGGAGGCGCCGGAAGCGGUGAUGACAGUGUUGCGGAAGGGCUGGCGCUCUUUGAUGGCAUUGAGUCCAUCAAGGUGAGCACCAACUCGGGCAUGGCCGGCGCGCUGCAGGACCCAUCACCGUCCACGCUGUGGGAGAGCAACGGGCGGCGCGGUGCACACUGGGUGCUGAUCAGAACCCGCCCCGGCACGGUGGUGCAUCGCCUGAGCAUCACGCCCGCAUCUUCAGACUCGUUUGCACCGCGGCAGGUGGUGGUGAGCGCGGGCACGGACCCGGCCAACCUGACGGAGGUGCGCCGCAUCAACUGCUCCCAGGCGCUGGACCCAAACGAGGACAUUGUCAUCCUCGAUCGCGCACGCCAGCACUACCCGUACAUUCGCCUGGACGUGUCAUCGUGGGGCAUCAACGUGCGCCUGCGCCGCGUGUCUGUGCAGUCGCUUGACCUGGCCUCCUUGCGCGCCCACAUUGCCGGCAAGCCGGGGAACCGGCGUGUUGGCCGGCGCCUCUUCAAGUACCUCGCCCUCUCCGCCAGCACCUGUGUGGACAAGCUCUCAGACACCGCGUUGGCAGAGCUGGUGGAGCAGUGCCGUGUUGCGCUGCUGCAAGGCGCUGACGACCACAAGGCGUCCAUGCUGGCCGUGUUCCGGCGCAUGGCCUGCAGCACGCGCCUGCAGGUGCUGUUCUGCGCGACGCCCUGGCUGGACAUGCUGCUCGACCUCUUCCGCGACGCCACCACCACCGCCCGCAUCUUCGUGCUGCGCUUCAUGGCCGCCGCGCUGCCGGGGCUCGCCUCGGAGUCCAGCAAGUCCACCGACGUGCGCAUGCUCAUUGAGCAGCUCAUGCGCGCCGUGUCCGACUUUACAGACAUGACGGGCACGCCGGAGAACGAGGCCGUGCUGGUGGAGCUGAUUGACAUGCUGCGCUCGCUGCACUCGCUGCCCGGCUGGCGGGACUCGCUGAACGAGGUGAUUGUGCAGGACCUGUUUUCCCUGCCGCACCAGCGCGAGCGGCUGCAGGAGGGCACGUACAUCCGCGAAGAGGUGCGCGGUGUCCUGGGCACGCUGACCAUGGUGGGCUUGGAGGCCCCGCGCUUCCGCAUCGGCGCCACCUGCGAGCAUACGCUUCGAGGCACGGGCACCAUCACGGAGCUCAACGAGUCAACACUCAAGGUGGAGUUCCAUGCCGUCGACGAUACGGACGGCCCGCUGGUGCUCUCGCUCGCAGACGCAGAGAAGGAGCUCUCCGUGGAGGUGCUGCGGCCCUUUGACUUUAUGGUGGCGUGCAACACGGGGCACGACCGCAUGGCCUUCCGUACGCUCCUGUUUGAGGCAUUCUCCUCCUGGCCAGACCACAUCCUGUCCCAGAAGAUGCAGCUGGAGAUGCUGCAGGCGUGCAAGCUCUUCUUCCGCACGCCGGUGGCCUUUGAUCUGUUCCUUGAGGAGCAGCAGUCCGCCACGCCCAAGGCGCCCUCGUCCCGCUCCUCGUCGGUGUCCACCGCGGUGGGUCCGCUCGGCUCGCCCGCGACCACCAGGGCAGGCGACGUGGACAAGGCGCGCUCGCGGCCUGCGCGGCGGAAGAAGCGCCGCAAGCACAGGCGUGACGGCUCUGCCCGCCGCACGCGCACGCACAGCGGCCGGCGCUCUCGCAGCCGCAAUGCCAGCGACCGCAGCCCACGCAGCGUGGAUGUUGGGCUCCCCAUUGAGGUGGAGGUCGGCGCCACCGAUUCGACGCCGCCACCUACAGCCUCUGCUGCAGAUGAGGCUGCCGGCCGCGGAAACAGCAGCGGUAGCAGCAGUGCCAGCAGUGUUGGUGCCCCUGACAGCGCAACCACAACCACAACCACAACCACAAACACAAACACAACCACAGCCACAGCUACAGGCACAACCACAGCUGCAGGUACAGGCACAGCGGCAGCGACAGCAACAUCUGCGACAUCUGCACGUCGCCGUGACGAGGAUGAUGAUGGUGAUGAUGAUGGUCCCAACGGUGCGGAGAACGGCAGCCUGAGCCAGACAGAGUCUGAUGACUCUGGCUCGGAUACCGACAGCAGGACCAGCAGCGCGAGCGAUUCGAGCGACGCCAGCGAGAGCGAAGGCGAAGGCGAAGGCGAAGAACAAGUCGUCGACGAAGCAGUGGCUGAGCAGCACGGGGUGAAGCGCUCCACGUCCGCCUCGCAGGAGGACAGGCGCUCCGUGGACACCAAGUUCAUUGAGACCCUGCUCAACUGGUCCGUCGUGCCGAGCCCCGUGCGCGCAGAGUACGAUUUGCCCAGUGUGGCCAGCGUGUGCUCUGAGGUGAUCCAGUCGUUCCUGGCCAACGCGCCGCUGCGCAAGCCCGAGAUUGACAUGAGCGCGUGCGUGGAGGACGGGUACGAUGACGUCACGGCCUCGUCCAACCCGGCGCACAUCAAGGACCUGCUGGAGAAGACGCACAACACCUACUGGCAGAGCUGCACGCGGCAGGACGAACCCUGGGUGCGCGUGUUCAUGAAACCCAACCAGUUUAUCAGCGUGCUGCGCAUUUACCACGACCCGCAGGACGCGUCCUACAUGCCCAAGGAGGUGCAGGUGUCUGUGGGCCCGUCGGCCGGCGAGCUCACGCCGCUGCCGCCAGUGCAGAUUCCACACGACUCCACGUCCACGGUGCUGCUGGAGGGCGCCGACCGCUACCACCGCGUCGUGCAGAUCACCAUCAAGCAGACGCACAACGGUGGCGUGGACACGCGCAUACGGCGGCUGGAGGUGCUUUCCGGGCCAACGCGCCACGCGCAGAAGAAAACGUCGCUGGAGGACCUGCUUGCGCCCACGCCAGAGGUUGCCCUCGCCUCGGGCGGCAAGUCGGCUGACAGCGAAGAGCACGAAGGCGGCGAGGGCGGCGGUGCUGCCGGUGGUUCUGGGCGGCGGCGCAUCCGUCACGCUCGCCACGACAGCAGGGAGGUGGAAGAGCUGCUGGAAACCUUGAUGGAGCACCACGACGACGCUGCCGGGGCUGGCGAUGGCGAUCGCGGCGAGCCAGCAUCAUCAUCAUCUCCAACCGAGCACGGCCUCCGUCACCACCAUCGCCACGGUGCGUCGCACACCUCCGGCAACGAUGCCGAAAGUCAUCAUCACCAUCACCAUCAUCACCAUCGUCAUCGCCAGCAGACCCAAGAAGGCAUCCCAGAGGCAGCGGAGCCGGAUGACGAAGCAGGGUAUGGCGAGACAGGGGAGGCAGCACGCCUGGGCCCACUCGCUGCCGGUGGCAACAACAGGGAUGGCGGUGAUGGCGGCGGGUCAUCCGCCAACACGGGCGGCGCCAACGGCGGCGGGAGCAUGUCGUCAACUGCAUCCGCUGCGACCGGUGGCCGCUACUCGCACCAGCGACCCAGUGAUUUGGUUGCUGGCAUGUUUGAGCCCUUCCAGCGCCGUCGUGGUGAUGCCAGCGGCACGGGAAGCGGCGUGGCUGCAAGUGUUUCCACAGCAGCAGGCACUGGUGCCGACGCAGCCACAGCAGCGCGUGGUUCUGUUGGCGGCGCCGGUGGUGAGCGCCAUCACGACGACGACGACGACAACGACGACGACAACGACAACGUCAGCAUCACCUCAGAGACGGGCAGCGUCAGCAGCGCGCGUGCAAGCGCGUCGCAGCUUCCGCUCCCCGUGGCCUUCGUGUGGGGCGCCAACGCGGGCGGGCAGAUGGACUCGCUCUUCUCCGGCGCACAGGACAUGUCGCAGGUGCCCAAGCCAAAGCUGUGCACGCUGCUCCCGCGCGGGCUGCAGGUGGCCAAGAUGUGCAUCCAGAAGGAAGGCGUGGUGGUGCUGGGCCACAACGGCGCCCUGUACGCGAGCGCGCACUCGGGUCCACUGAAGCGGCUGCUGCCGCACGGCCCAAAGGUGGUGGACGUGGCGUACGGCGGCUACCACACGCUGGUGGUGACGGAGGACCACCGCCUGCUUGUGUGCGGCACGGGCAAGAACGGUAAGCUUGGUUUGCGCGACACGCGGGACCAGUCGUCGCUGGUGCCCGUGCCUGGCCUGCGGGAUGUGCUGCGAGUUGCGUGCGGUCGCCGCCACAGCGCAGCCGUCACAGCCACGGGCCAGCUGUACAUGUGGGGGUGCAACCACCACGGCCGGCUCGGCCUGGGCGAUCAGAACGACCGCUACGAGCCUACCCUCGUGCCAAACCUGCCGCCCGUGCAGAUGGUGGCGUGCGGGGACAGGCACACCCUCGUGCUGACGCAGCGCGGUGGCGUCUACUCGUUUGGCUGCGGAGACCAGGGCCGGCUUGGCAUCCCGGAGGCCCCGCACAAGCUGCUGCGCCCGGCCAAGCUCGACUUUGGACGUGCGCGCAUGACACGCGUCAUCUGCGGCUGCAACUCCUCUGCUGCGCUCACUGACACGGGCCAGCUGUAUGUGUGGGGCACCGGGCGGUCGUACCGCUUGGGCACGGGGUCCAUGACCUCGCACAUGCUGCCCAUUCGCGUGACAGACCUCGCCUCGCACAAGAUUGUGGACGCCAGCCUCGGCCACGAGCACGGCGUCGCCGUCUCGGAGACGGGCGAUGUGUUUGUGUGGGGCAGCAACGACUCGAGCCAGCUGGGCGGGGCAACGGCAGACGCCGCCGCACCGCGCCCACUGCUCCACCCGGAGCUGCGCGGCAAGGGCCUGAACCGGGUCAGCUGCGGCAGCAGGGCCGUGGCGGUGUGGCGCGAUGCGGCCAACGCCGUGCCGGAGGAGGAGCGAAGCGAUCAGCCGUUCACAGAGCCCAUGCCCGUGCCGGAGGACCGGCUGGGCCGCAUGUGCAUUGAGGAGCGCGACGACUCGAGUGUGGAGCGCAUUGUGGAGCAGGUGGGCACGUCGCCACCGCUGAUGGCGCUGGUGGCCCACCUGCCAGACCCGGAGGCGCAGCAGAAGUCUGUGGCCUACUUCCUCAAGGCCAUGCGCGUGUAUCAGGCCCGGCAGCUGGUCACGCUGUGGCUUUCGAGGGGCGUGCAUGCGCUGGAGGGCGUGCCGUGGGGGCCGGACCGCCUGCUGCUGGUGCUGAUUGACCUCAUGCGCGUGUUGUCUGUGCGGGCGGCGGCAGAUGAGCCGUGCCGCGUCAUCUCCGCGGCCAUCCACACCCUGUGCGGGAAGCACAGCCACCUCUCGCGCGUGCUGGUUGAGAUUUGCGUGAUGGAGACCAAGCGUGCAAUGCCCUCGUCAAACCUGGCAGAGGACGGCAUGGUGACGGAUGAGAUGCUGCUCACGCGCGUGUGCAGCCUGGGUCUGAUCCGCGCCACCAUUGACUGCACCAUCUCCUACUCGUCCAACCUGUCCAUGCUGCGGCUCUCCCAUGCGCUCGCUUCGCUGUGGAUCAGCAACCCCGCGAAUCGGGUGCGCCAGUGGGUGCUUGCCCGCCUCAACACGCUCCUGCACAACGGCAGCCGCGACUUCUUGAGCGAGCUGCGGCGCUUGGUGCACUUCCGCGAGCAGGAGUCUGGCCACCAGCAGGAGGAGGCUGCAGCCGCCACCACCACAGCCACAGCCGCGCUGGCGACCGAGGGCGCGGGUGCCCGUGACACGGGCGUGCUGGAGCUUCUUGGCUCCUCAGCGUCCACCGGCGUUGCUGCCAGUAGCAGUGGCGGUAAUGGAGGCGGCCGGGAUGGAGCGCGACGCGCCCGUGAGCAGAGGCACCACCACAUGCAGCUGGAAGCACAGCACCAACACCAGCAGCAGCGGCGGGGCCAGCGGAUGGAGCGCGGCGGCCUGCGGGGCGACGAGCAGCCCCAAGAAGAAGAGCAACAACAACAACAACAACAACAACAACAGCACGGCCACCUCCGCCAACGGCGCCACCCACAGCAGGAGCUGCGCCCGCAUGGCGGUGACGAUACCGUCGACGAGGGCGCGCUGGGGCGUGAGGCCAUUGAACCGCUCGUCGCACGCGGAAGCGGCGGCGGCGACCGUGACGGCGGUGUUGGCGACGAGGAAGACAGCCUCAGCGCCACGGAAACCAGCACGAUAUCGCGCAUGGGUGCGAGCGUGGAUGCGAGUGCGGCAGACGAUGACGAGGAGGACGAGGACCUGGACACGGUCACCAGCGCCCGCAGCAGCAACGGGCGCAACAGCAUCAGCACAAGCCCUCACGCUGCCGACGACACGUUUGACGACAGCGAGCUUGAACUGCAGACGUCCUCGCACAGCGGGUUUGACGACAACCGCAGCAAUGAUGGGCGUGCGCACGGUGUUGGCAGUCACCAUGUCGGACGCAGUUCAGGCGGCACAGCGGGCGACGGCGGGGGCUCUGGCCCUCAUCGCCAUCAUCAGCAUCAUCACCACCACCACCACCGUCACAGCCACCAUCGUCACAGCCAUCAUCGUCACAGCCACGGCCACGGUAGGCACAGCCAAGAGCACCACGGGCACCACCACAGCCAGCACCACCAUGCCCGCCGUCGUGGCAGCGGCGGGCACGGCAUGUCGGGGUCGUCGUCGUCAGCGACGGGCGUUCCCUCGCGGCGCAGCGCCGGUGGUGGGCACACGGGCCGGGUGCUGAGCCUGAGCGAGUUUGCCUCGUUCAACGUGAGCGGCAGCGGGCACUUGAACGUGUGUGAGCUGAGCCUGCUGCUGCUGCACCGCGACGUGAGCAACUGCUACUUCCAGCUCGCGCACACGUUUGCGCAGGUUGGGCUGACGUUCUCGCACCGCUUUGACUACGAGGCAACGCACCGCUUCCUGCUGCAGACGCGCCUGCACAAGACGGCCCACAAGCCGCUGUUUGGCUCUGGCGACGACGAGGACGAGCUGCAGUCGAGCGUGGGCAGCGUGCUGCGGGAGUUCUCGCACAGCCUGUGGGCGACGCUUGAGAUGCAGCACCAGCACGAGACGACGCUGGAGAAGGACGGGCGCAUCCUCAUGCGGUCCGACUUCAACCGCGUCAUGUGCCGCGUUGCCGCCGGCCUGGACCUCCCACCGGGCAGCGCGGUGAGCAGCGCUGAGAAGCCGUCGUGGUUCCGCGUGUACUGCACGACGAGCCGCGAGUUCAACCGCCUGGUGGACCGACGGCCGUUUACGGAGGAGUUUGCGCAGCGCAUCAAGGCGGCGCUUGAAGGGCGCGGGGACGAGGAGGAGCCGCCGGAGGUGCGGGAGAGCCUGGGCUACCUGGACAACGGCGUUUACACGGCGCAGAUGGACAAGUCGAUUCUGCACUGGAAGGCGGAGGCGCCGCAGGAGCUGCGGCUGGCGUACUCGAAGGACGCGGCGCCGACGGUGAACAUGCCGCGGCUCACGUUCCAGCCGCUCAACGAAGGGCACGUGAAGACGUCGAACAAGAACACCACGGUCAUGAUGCAGUCGGAGGCCUCUGAGGAGAACACGUGGGUGAUGGCGGACGAGGUGCUCACCUCCGGCAUGCACUACUGGACGGUGCGGUGCGACAGCAAAGGGUCUGCGCGCCGCUAUGUUGGUGUUGGCGUCGGCAAACCAAACGCCGCGUACCCUCUGGGCGCAGCGCGCAUCCUGUCCGAGGGCCUGCUCAAGUCCGGUACCUCUGCCAUCAAGAUCCCGCGCGGGUUCUCACCAAACGACAUCAUUGGCGUGUUCCUGGACCUGAACCGCAACAUGGUGGCAUUUGACGUGAACGGGCACAAGCGGGGCGAGAUUGAGCUGCCCGGUCUUGCACCGGGCGAAGGCGUGCGUCCGCUCGUCUACCUCUUCUACCCCGGCGAUCGGAUUUCGUUUGUGUAUGGGCUGCCGCUGCCUGCGUGCUAUCGCAUGGGCAACGACACCCGCAGUCUGUUUGCUGUUGCUGGUCGCCGCGCCAUUGUUCUCCGCGCGGCGCCAUCCGUUGACUCGAGCCGCCUGGGCGUGCUGCCACCUGCGUCCUCGCACCACCGCCACCCGGUCGUGGUCAUGGCGGUGGACUACCGCAGCAACCGCGAGGGCGUGUGGCUGCGGCUGGCCAACCCGGACAACAAGUGGGGCGAGGGCCAGUGCUGGUGUCUCCUGCGCGACCCAUCCGGCGCGCAGAACCUGAACGCGGUCGACAAGGACAUGGACCCGCGGCUGGUGAUCAACUACACGGAGGAGGCGCCACCCGACACGCAGCUCGGGGCAGCCGGCACCGCUGCAGGGAAGAAGGUCGCGCAAUGCAUCACGACAGCGUCGCGGCACAACGUGCGGGCGGGGCCGAGCCUGGACGCGAUGGUGAUUGGCGGCAUUGCACCGUCGAUGAUGGUGUACUACACGAGCAAGGUGAGCGAGGGCGGCGGGGUGUGGCUGCUGCUGGACGCGGAGUCGAAGGAGCGCGUGGUGGAGCCCAACAUGCGGCACCUGGACGCGUAUGUGCUGUUCAAGGGCAGCGACGAGGUGGCGUACUUCAAGCUGGAGGAGCCGCCACCAGUCAUCACGGAGCCGCCGCCAGCGUACCCGGCCCUGCACGGCAUCCCCGUUGGGCAAAUCAAGCGGCGCUGCUUCCUGCUGGAGACGCUGAGCUCCUCUGUGCUGUCGCUGGCGAGCCUGAUUGAGUUCCAGUCGAUGGAGACGAGCGGGGGCGUGUCGCUCGGUCUCGGGGGUACACAGAAGUCCCUGCAGGCGCUGCAGGAUCUACUGCUGCUGACGCACAAGGAGCGGCUGAUCAAGGCGGUCAUCUCGCGCACGAUGGCGUCGUCGACGGUGCGCGUGACCAUCACCCUCAACCGCGUGCAGAUCCACCGGCAGCCGUCCGGCGUCGCCGGGAUUUACGGGCAGAACUCUGUGUUUGCGCAGGCGUGCCGUGAGCUGCGCAAUGCGGACCCGAGCGUGUUCCUGGCGCCCAACCGCUGCUGGAAGGUGAAGUUUGCUGGCGAGGGCGUGGACGACGCCGGCGGCGGGUACUCCGAGAGCAUCUCGGAGAUGUGUGAGGAGCUGGUCAACGGGUCCCUGACGCUGCUCAUCCCAACGCCGAACAAGGUGCAGGACAGCGGUGACAGCCGCGACGUCUACCUCUUCAACCCGGCAGCCAACUCGCCCGCAGAGCUGGAGCUGUUUGAGUUCUUGGGCGUCUUGAUCGGCAUCGCCAUUCGCACCAACAAUCCGAUUUCGCUACCGCUGGCUGGUCCCGUCUGGAAGCAGCUGACUGGCGUUGCACUGACGAUUGCGGAUCUGCGCGAAGUCGACACGGAUUACGUCACCACCCUCGAAAUCAUCAAGAGCCUGAGCGAGGAAGCGUUCUCCAGCUAUGGUAUUGGCGGCGACACACCGAGUGCGAAGGAAGGGCUGACAUACCAGGUGCUGGACGUCCCGCGCCUCACGUCUGCCACCCGCGACGAAUACGUGCGCAAGGCGCUCCACCUUCGCCUCCACGAGUUUGAUGCACAGGUGCGGGCUGUGCGUCGUGGUGUUGCGCGCGUGGUGCCACUGCCGCUGCUGUCACUGCUGCAGCCAAACGAACUGCAGGAGUUUGUGCUCGGCAAGCAGGAAUUCGAUCUCUCCCUGCUGCAAGUGAUGACGCGCUACAAAGGGCUUCGCUCCAACUCUGCGCUCGCCGGGUGGUUCUGGGACGCCAUCAAGGCCCUCACGCCCGUCGAACUCUCCCUCUUCCUCCGAUUCGUCUCGGGCCGCACGCGAUUGCCGCGCACCCAGGCCGACUUUGAAGGAAAGCACUUUGUGCUACAGGCGCUUGACCGUUACGAGGCCGGCUCCAGCCACGCAGACAGCGCCCUCCCAGAGGCCAUCACCUGCUUCUUUACCCUCAAAAUCCCGAGGUACUCGAGUUACGAGGUGUUGUUGAAGAAGCUUCGCUAUGCCAUCAACAACUGCAAGGCCAUUGACACGGACAAUUACGCCCGCACCACGCUGCCGCCUGGCUCGUGAUGUUAUUCUCGCGUGGAGUGAGAGAGUGUGUUUGUGUGUGUACGUUUGUGUGUGCGUGUGUGCGCAUGUGUGUGUACGUUUGUGUGUGUGUGCGCUUGUGUGUGUGUGUGUGUGUGUGUGCGUGUUGAUAGCAACUCAGCUCUCUUCCUCUCUUCUUCCACCUUUCUCUGUCGUGUCGCAGUGUGUACAAGAAAGUUUGUGGAAAAUAUAGCAUAAGUUUCCGUUAAC